UGUUUUAUUAAGUCAAUAGUUGAAGUGUAAAAGUGGCAACACACACAAAGAGAGAGAGAGCGAAUAGCAACAAUUACAGCAGUGAUUACAAUAGCGGCAACAACAACGAUGGGCUGUCUCAACGGUCAUGACCCGCGAAAAUCUGAUACCUCGCACCAAGCCAAAGCGUGAGGGUGACACAUCGGACACGAUUGCCGCCUUGAUACCCUUCUGGGAUAUGGCAAAUCAUCGCGAUGGCACCAUCACCACUUUCUUCAACAUGGAAACGCAACAGGUGGAGAGUAGCGCCCAGGAGGACUACAAGAAGGGGGAGCAGAUCUUUAUUUAUUAUGGAGAUCGGACCAACUCGGAUUUGAUGAUACACAAUGGUUUCAUUAAUGCGUCCAAUCCCAAGGACAAAGUAUCGAUCAAACUUGGCCUCAGUCCCUCGGAUGUCCUGUUCGAAAAACGUGCCAAACUUUUGGAACUCCUCAGCAUACCAAAGAACAGUGAAUUGAAAGUACUGCCAGCACCUGAUUUUAUUUCACCCGAACUUUUGGCCUUUGUACGUGUCUUCAACAUGAACGAGGAACAAUUGGAUCAUUGGAUAAACUCGGAACGGGCUAUGGAUUUAUUGCACAUUGAUUGUGCUUUGGAGACGUCAUUGGAAUCGAAAACGUGGCAGUAUCUGCAGACACGUUUGAUGUUGCUGUUGCGUGUCUUCCCCCAGACACUGGAGGAAGAUGAAAAGCAAUUAGCCUUGGUUAAGGACCAGCAAGUGGCAAUGACGUCGCGGGCGGCCAUGAUACUGGAGUAUCGUGUGCUGGAGAAACGUAUAUUGGUGGCGGCCCUCGAUUAUGCCAAACAAAGGACAAAGGCCUAGAUGCGAGAGAGGGAGUGGAAAAAGGAAUGAACGCACAAUGAACGAAAAUAACCAAAGUAAAACAAGUCGGAAACAGCUAUCACUUUUGUAUAUGGAGGGCGGUGGGCAAAUAGUUUGUUGCAUCGUAAUAAAGUGAAAGUCCUUAAAACCCUGCUUGUCUGUGCGUGCCAGAAACCUACAAAAAUUGUUAUUUUUUAAGUGUUUUCUUUUUUAUUUUUUUUCUGUGUUUAAGUUUUGCUUCCUUUUGUCUUGUUUUGGAAGGGGGUCUUUUUAAAGGACCCUGAGAAAAUUGUACGACAAGAACCUGGUAAAGUGGCCAUAAUAACGGAUUCAGUUUCAGUUCCAGCUGUGUUUUUCCUUUCUUCUUUUUCUGUUCCUUCUCUUUGUUAAAAUAAUUCUUUAUUAUUUUAUUUCAUUCUUUUUUUGGGUAUUAUUUAUAGUUUUGCCAGAGGGUAUUCUGUGUGAAUGCUUGGUUGAGACGAAGUUACUUUCCCCUUGCAAUGACAGACCAACCAAAGGACCUGCGACCACAGUUGUUUUCUUUUUUUGGACUUACUUUGCCAUAGUUUUUCUCCUCAACCUCAAUUUCAGGUUUAAAGUUGAAAACUGUUACAGCAUUACAGCUCAAAAAGUCAAAACCAUUUUGGCUUAGCUUUUGUUUCUCCAUUUUCUUAGUCUUCUUCUUUUACUUACGACCAGGGUUCUUGGCGUCUUCGUUAAGUAUUCUUGAUGUUUUCAUAUAAUUAUGGUAUUUCUUCUGCCAUUUGCUGCUCCUUGGCUAUAAUAACUUAUUAUUUAAGUUCUAACGUUUCUUUCGGCUCCUUGUGACCAGCUAUUAUCGCAGAUUUACAGUUCGAGUUUUGUGUGUUGUUGUAUUACGUUUUUCUAUCUCUUCUCCUCCCUAUCCCUUUCGUGUGUUUGUCCCUAACAUCCGAAUAGUUGUGUUUGUUUUUAUUUCCUCAUUUGCUAACAAAGAUUGUUGUGUUAAAUAAUAAUUAUGAAAGAAAGAAAGAAAAAAAAAUAAUCGAUAUUUUUAUUGGAAAAUAUUUUUGUACUACUAACCCAGGAAUAGAAAACCACAAAAUUGAAUUUUAUUUGUUAGUAAUAAAAAAAAACUAAAAUAAAAAUUUAUAACUUAUUUGAAAUAAUAAA